AUGAUUAAACUACUACGUUUUUGUUAUUCGGGUGAUUUGCUGAAUAUUGCUUAUUUGAGUGAGUUUUCAUCUUUCGAUAAAUUGAAAGACAUUUCAACGCGAAGUGUAGUAGACUGUGACAUAUGUCCGGCAGACAGUUUUGCAAGUACUUUGAGAGAAGCUGACCAACAUAGCUGUGUAAAGAAAUGGUUGCCUGUUAAGCAACUACAUUGGACAAAGAAGAAAAGAAUACUGGUAACUGGUGGUGCUGGUUUUGUUGGUUCUCAUUUAGUAGACAAAUUAAUGCAAGAUGGUCAUGAAGUGAUUGCUCUGGACAAUUUUUUCACUGGAAGACGACAUAAUAUUGAACAUUGGAUUGGACAUAGUAAUUUUGAACUUUUACAUCAUGAUGUUACAAAUCCAAUCUAUGUAGAAGUGGAUGAAAUUUAUCAUUUAGCUUCACCGGCAUCACCUCAACAUUAUAUGCAUAAUCCUAUACGUACAAUUAAAGCCAAUACAUUAGGUACUUUAAAUAUGUUAGGAUUAGCUCGUCGUACAAAUUCGAAAUUUUUAUUCGCUUCUACUUCAGAAGUUUAUGGAGAUCCUGAAGUUCAUCCUCAACCGGAAUCUUAUUGGGGUAAUGUAAAUCCAAUCGGUCCAAGAGCUUGUUAUGAUGAAAGUAAACGACUUGGUGAAACAAUGACUUAUGCUUAUUUUAGACAUCUUAAUCUUCCUGUCAGAGUUGCUCGUAUAUUCAAUACUUAUGGACCUAGAAUGCAAAUUAAUGAUGGUCGAGUAGUGACCAACUUCAUAGCACAAGCAUUGAACAAUGAAUCGAUAACGGUUUAUGGUUCAGGUGAACAAACUAGAUCAUUUCAAUAUAUUAGUGAUCUUGUCAAUGGUCUUAUUGCUUUAAUGGCAUCGAAUUAUACAAUGCCUGUUAAUUUAGGCAAUCCUAGUGAAUUUACUGUGAAUGAAUUAGCAAUGAUGGUGAAAAAUUUUACAGACAGUAAAAGUGAAAUCAUUUAUCAACCUUCACCAAUUGAUGAUCCUCAACGACGACAACCUGAUAUUAGUGUAGCUAUAAAACAAUUGAAUUGGAAACCAAUAAUCACUUUACAAGAAGGAUUAAAUAAAACUUUAACUUAUUUUAAAGAUAUUUUAAAGCCAUCAUCUGAAUGUACUGUGAAUUUUACUUAAUUCUUCAAUGGUCAAGAUUUAUUUUCUACUACUUAUUCAUGAUGUCUUUAUAGGAUUAGGAAUGUUGAUUUCUGAUUUUUUUUUCAUAUUCAUUGAAUUAGUGAAAUGAAAGUUUAGUUUGUUUGAUAAUCUUACUGUAAAGUGUCUAAAUUUUUCUUUCCCUUUUACUUGUAGAUUAUUAAUAAAUAAAAUAAAAAAUAUUCUGAAUUUAUAUACAAUUUGUUACAUACAUACAUUCGUAUACUUUUCAUACAUACACUAUGUAAAAGUUUAAUAAAGAUGAUAUUCUGCUUG